CUUUUUCUUUCUUAAAAAAAUGGUUCAAACUAUCGAGCAGAUCUCUAUCAACACCGUCCGCGCUCUUGCCGCUGAUGUUGUCCGUGGUGCCAACUCUGGUCACCCUGGUGCUCCUAUGGGUUGCGCCCCUAUGGCCCACGUUCUGUUCGGUAGACACAUCAACGCCAACCCCAAGAACCCCAAGUUCAUCAACCGCGAUCGUUUUGUCCUCUCCAACGGUCACGGAUGUGCUCUUCAGUACGUCUACUUGCACUUGAUGGGUUACGAUGUCAGCAUCGAAGACCUUAAGCACUUCCGUCAGCUUAACAGCAAGACCCCUGGUCACCCCGAAGUCAACGAUACCCCCGGUAUUGAGGUCACCACUGGCCCUCUUGGUCAGGGUAUCUCCAACGCUGUCGGUUUGGCCGCUGCUGAGGCUCACUACGCUGCUACAUUCAACCGUCCCGGCUACGAGAUCUUCAACAACUACACAUACACCAUCGUUGGUGAUGGUUGUCUUCAGGAAGGUGUUUCCGCUGAAGCUGUUUCACUUGCUGGUCACUGGAAGCUCGGUAAGCUCAUCGCCCUCUAUGAUGACAACAAGAUCACCAUUGAUGGUGAUACUGCCGUUUCCUUCACUGAGGAUGUGAUCCAGCGUUUCGAGUCUUACGGCUGGCACACAAUCAUUGUCACUGACGGUGACAAUGACAUCGAGGCUAUCAGCAAGGCUGUUGAGGAGGCCAAGCUUGUCACUGACAAGCCUACUUUGAUCAAGAUUAGAACCACCAUCGGUUACGGUUCCUUGAACCAGGGUGAGGAGAAGGUCCACGGUUCCCCUCUUUCUGCUGCCGAUAUCAAGCAGGUCAAGGAGAAGUUUGGCUUCAAUCCCGAAGAAGAAUUCGCUGUCUCUGAUGAGGUCUACAAAUUCUGGUCUGCCCGCGCUGAGCGUGGCGCCAACAUCGAGGCCGAGUGGAACGCUCUCUAUGCCAAGUACUCUGCUGAGUUCCCCGAAGAGGCUGCCGAGUUGAACCGUCGUCUUGCUAACGAGCUUCCUGCUGGCUGGGAAGCUGCCCUUCCUCGCUUCACUCCUGCCGAUCCCGCCGUUGCUACCCGCAAGUUGUCCGAGGGUGUCUUGACUGCCUUGUCUGAAGUCCUUCCCGAACUCAUCGGUGGCUCUGCUGAUCUUACUGGUUCCAACCUCACCCGCUGGAAGAAGGCUGUUGAUUUCCAGCACCCCUCUACCGGUCUUGGUGACUACUCUGGUCGCUACAUGCGUUACGGUGUACGUGAGCACGCCAUGUUCGCCAUCAUGAACGGUCUCUGUGCCUACGGUGGUAUCAUUCCCUUUGGCGGAACCUUCUUGAACUUCUUGACCUACGGUUGGGGAGCUGCCCGUCUCUCUGCCCUUUCUCACCACCGUGUCAUCUAUGUCAUGACCCACGACUCCAUUGGUCUUGGUGAGGAUGGACCCACCCAUCAGCCUAUCGAGACUCUUGCCUUGACUCGUGCCACCCCUAACAUGCUCACCUUCCGUCCUGCUGAUGGUAACGAGGUCUCUGGUACUUACCUCGCCGCCAUCGAGAACCAGCACCGUCCUUCCGUCAUUGCUCUCUCUCGCCAGAACUUGCCUAACCUUGUCGGUUCUUCAGUUGAGAUCGUUCGCAAGGGUGCUUAUGUCCUCAGCGGUCCCAAGGACGCCAAGAUUGCCUUUGUUGCCACUGGUUCCGAAGUCGAGAUUGCUGUCAAUGCCGCCAAGGCUCUUGCUCAGGAGGGUGUUGCUGCUCGCGUUAUCUCCAUGCCCUGCUCUGAGCUCUUUGAUGACCAGUCCGAGGAGUACAAGAAGUCUGUCUUUGCUCCCGGAAUCCCUGUCAUCUCCAUUGAAGCUUUGGGCACCUUUGGCUGGGAGCGUUAUUCCCACACCUCUAUUGGCAUGAAGACCUUCGGUGCUUCUGCUCCCAUCAAGGAUCUUUACAAGAAGUUCGGUAUCACUCCCGAAGAUGCUGUCGCCAAGGCCCACAAGGUCAUUGCCUACUACGAGAAGGUUGGCUAUGUCCCCGAGAUUGGUCUUGAGUUCUAAGUACAUUUAUCGUCUUAUUUCUCUAUCUCUCCACUUCCCUUUCCAUAUCUCUCUUUAUUUUUCUUUAUUAAUUUGAGUAAUACCAUUAAUCUCUGAAAUACGAGAUUGUAGCAAGAAAACUUACAACCACCACUUCAUUCCAAAAAAAAAGCAAAAGAAAAAAAACCACGUAGUUUUAUUAUCCUUGUACAUAAAUAAAUAUGUACAUCACAGACAUUUCCAAUAAAACGUCAAAAGAAUACUAUUAUCACCUUUUC